UCUUCUUCUUUCUCUCUGCAUCUAUCCAUCAAUCUAUCUCCUCACUCCAAAUAAUAAUAAAAUAACAAAAAUGGCUGCCGAAUACGAUGGCAUUCUGUUGGGAAUGGGAAACCCACUUCUCGACAUUUCAGCCGUUGUCGACGAUGCUUUCCUCACCAAAUACGAUAUCAAGCUCAACAAUGCUAUUCUUGCUGAAGACAAGCAUCUGCCAAUGUAUGAUGAGAUGUCUUCCAAAUACACUGUAGAGUACAUUGCUGGAGGUGCUACUCAGAACUCAAUCCGAGUUGCCCAGUGGAUGCUUCAAGUUCCCGGUGCCACAAGCUUUAUGGGGUGCAUUGGAAAGGAUAAGUAUGGGGAGGAGAUGAAAAGGAACUCAAAGAAUGCUGGUGUUAAUGUGCACUAUUAUGAGGAUGAAGCUGCACCAACCGGUACAUGUGCUGUUUGCGUUGUUGGUGGUGAGAGGUCACUUAUUGCCAACCUAUCUGCCGCCAACUGCUACAAGUCAGAGCACUUGAAAAAGCCAGAAAACUGGGCUCUUGUUGAAAAGGCCAAGUACAUCUAUAUUGCUGGAUUUUUCCUUACCGUGUCCCCUGAAUCAAUUCAGCUUGUAGCUGAGCAUGCAGCUGCUACUAACAAGGUCUUCACGAUGAACCUUUCUGCACCAUUCAUCUGUGAAUUCUUCAAGGAUGCUCAAGAAAAAGCCUUACCGUAUGUUGACUAUGUCUUCGGAAAUGAAACAGAAGCAAGAACAUUCUCGAAGGUUCAUGGUUGGGAGACUGAUAAUGUGGAGGAGAUUGCCAUUAAGAUCUCCCAGUUGCCAAAAGCAUCAGGAACACACAAGAGGAUUACUGUGAUCACUCAGGGUGCCGACCCUGUGGUGGUUGCUCAGGAUGGAAAAGUCGCUACAUAUCCCGUCAUCCUUUUGCCAAAGGAGAAACUCGUUGAUACCAAUGGAGCAGGCGAUGCAUUCGUUGGGGGAUUUUUGUCUCAAUUGGUUAAAGAGAAGCCUAUCGAGGAAUGUGUGAGAGCCGGCUGCUAUGCAUCCAAUGUGAUUAUCCAACGAUCUGGUUGCACCUACCCAGAGAAGCCCAACUUUAGCUAGAUUAUAUCCAUCUUCGGCCUUCCAAAGUUUCACAAUGUGCCGUCUUCCAGUUGAAUGUGGUGGGGCUAUUUUUCUGUGCUGCCUUUUCCGCGUUGUGUUAUCACUAUUAUCAUUCGAUUUGCAUUCUUAUUAGCCUCCUAAACCAGAUUAGUUGGUAAAAGUUGGGGUAUUUUGAACUACUAUACAUGUCUAGUAUUUCUGCUUCGGUUCAAUUUCAAAUUGCUGUUUAUUUUUGAGAUAUGAGAUAUGUUGUGAUGGCAUCUCAAUUUAUGUAAUGCAGUGAUUAAUAAAAUAUGUAGUACCGUGUGAUAUGUUUUCUACUGCAAAA